AUGGCUACGGGCGCUCUUCUCAAGUACUCCAAGUUGAGUGUUUAUUCGCUGCAAACUCUAAAAGCAUUGUCAUCGCAAUGUCGCACAUUUACAAGCCAACUGACAGAGCAGCAAGCAGCUGUACAAGAGUUGACUAGAAACUUUGCCAAUGAACAUCUGAAACCUAAUGCAGCUAAGCUUGACUCUGAGGCACUGUUCCCAUUUAAAUAUAUAAAGAAACUGACGGACUUAGGUCUGAUGGGAGCAUGCGUGUCUGAAAAAAAUGGCGGACUUGGCUUGGAUUACCUUUCCUUAGCUAUUGCUGUCGAGGAGAUUUCUCGGGGCUGUGCCAGCACCGGCAUGAUACUGUCCAUACACAACUUUUUAUACGUCAACCUGGUAAAUGAGAGAGGGACACCGGAGCAGAAGAAGCUGUUUUUAAAUGACUUUAUACGAGGUUCUAUCGGAUGCUUCGCUUUAAGUGAACCAGGUGCUGGCACAGAUGUGGCUAGUAUCAGGACUAGGGCGAUACUGGAUGGCGAUCACUGGCUACUCAACGGUAAAAAAAGUUGGGUCACUUCCGCUGUUGAAGGUUCCGCCAUCGCAGUUUUCGCAACCAUUGAUCCCGAUCUUAAACACAAAGGAAUAGCAUGUUUCCUUGUACCCAUUGAGACCGACGGCUUGUUUAAAGGAAACAAAGAGAGAAUUAUGAGUGUAAGGGCCGUGACGUCUUGCCCCGUGACCUUGGAAGAUGUGCGGAUCCCGAAGAGCUACAUGGUAGGCGAGGAGGGGACUGGCUUCAAAAUCGCCAUGGAACAGUUAGACCAAGGUCGGAUUGGUAUUGCCGCGCACGCCGUUGGUAUCGCUCAGUCCGCUCUUGACACUGCAAUUAACUACGCUAAAGAAAGAGUUGCUUUUGGCAAAUCGCUUACGAGACUACCAUCUGUUAAGGAUCGCUUGACAGAUAUGUGCAUCUUAGUGGAGACAGCGCGCCUGGCGACGUACCGCGCGGCGACAGACGUCAGCACCAAGAACAGCGCCAUGGCCAAAUACAUCGCCGGCAGGAACGCUGCCGCCGUCGCAGACCACUGCGUGCAAAUACUUGGCGGACGGGGACUAUCAACUAAUUAUGACGCCGAAAGACAUUACAGGGAUGCAAGAGGCACUCAAAUCUAUGGCGGUGUGACAGAUAUUCAGAAGCGUCUAGUCGGCCACUACCUGCUGCGGGAGCACGACGCUCUGUGA